AUGGGAGACUACGGAGAGGAGGAUGAAGUUCUACAACGUUGUGUCAUUUCUGCUGCUGUUUGUGCUCGUCGCCGUCAGUGGAAAGUACGAGAAUUUCCUAACUUUUUCAUUGUAAAAAAAAAGACGAUAGGUGUGAGGAACGAUUACAAGAACCUGGUUGAGGAAUUUGGCUCAACGUCGUCUAGAUGCGCCUUUUUACGACUGCGGGACCGCGGAGGACGUAAACUCUGGAUCGUAAGUGCUCACGCACCUACAGAAACCGCUGAGGACAACAGUAAGGACGCCUUCUAUGAUGAAAUCAAUGCGUUGAUGUCUAAAAUACCAAGCCAGCAGGUGGUCAUUGUCGGAAUCGACGCAAAUGCGGAAGAUGGGACUCGAACAGCAAUCCGAUGUAGGAAAAUGAGGAAUCAUCGACGCCAUCAGCUCACGUGGCAGGGGUCAACCCUUUUAACGCCUGAAGAGCAGCGCAAGCGGAAGAUGAGGACUCUUAAACUUCAGCUCGACUACGUUUUGGCGAGGAACAUUCCUCAGUCAGAUAUCCGAAAAUCUAGAGCUGUUUGGGACGUCGCGUUCGACUCUGACCACCGUCCAGUUCUUCUCAGCUUCAAGAUACGGUUCCGCAAGAGAAACCGAAGGGUUCCUCUUCAACCGAAAAUUGACACAGCAGGUCUGAAAGACGAUGAAUGCAGAACAAAAUUCCGCCAACGUGUGUCUAUUCAUGCUGGAGUACGGACCAGGAAGAAGCUUAGCGAUGCGGAUUCCUCCGCAGAGUGCAUCCAGGACGCUGCAAGGGAAACGCUCCCGGUUCUAUUGCCACGGAAGAAGUUUGCCUUUGCAUCUGCGGAAACAAAAUCCACGUACAAUUCUGUAUGUGUGCUGGUGACUUCAACCAGCACACAUACGGAAUUACCAGGACCUCCGACCGAGUCGGAGGUCCUGGUCUGUAUUCAAAAAAUGAAGAAUGGAAAAUCUGGUGGAGGCGACGGGAUUAGCGCAGAAAUGCUAAGAUAUCUUCCUCCGUCUGGGAUUCGUGAGAUGACAAAGAUCAUCCGUUCAAUAUGGAUAAGCGAAAGGAUACUUGAUUCGUGGAGACACGCUAUCAUAAUUCCCCUCCACAAGAAGUUAUCCGUCACGGACCCAAGGAAUUAUCGAGGAAUCUCUUUGCUGCGUGUUAUGUACAAGGUACUGGAGCGCAUUAUCCUGGACCGACUCAUUAAACAUCGCGAAGAAACAACGCGCGACGAGCAAGCUGGCUUUCGUUCUGGCCGAUCUACCAGGUGUUCAUCGUCAGGAGAGUGA